AACAGCUUUUCCCAGAAAACUAGUUUUCGCACGUUAGCCCCCUUUUCGUAGACCAGGUCACAUAUGUAUGUGUAUUGUUCAUACUAAUAGGAACUCAAUGCCAUUACAUUUACAUUUGUCAGUGUAAAAAUAAACCAGUUGCAGUAUGUUUCUACGAUUAACUGACCCAUCUUGCUGGCUUAUUUGCAAGUAAUUGUUUUUUUUUUUUUUUUGAUUUUACAAAAUUUUGUUGAAAAUGUUACGGUUUUAUAAUAUAUAAAACGAGUAUGAGUGGCCAUUUAACAAAUAAAUGGUUUCUCCCCUUUUAUUAUUAUGAGCAUAAAGAACCAUACAUACAUUCGUUCUGCUGCCAUUAUUUUCAGAUCCUCAGAUCUUGUUUUUUUUGUUGUUUAAAUUGAAAAAAGAGAAUUUUCAUACGUUUGUAACAAAUUGUAAGUAUUAUUUGUAGCCACUUUGUUUAAUUAUUUCCUUAUAUUUAAUAUACUUAUUACAUGCAAAUGUGUAUGUAUGUAUAAUUUGACCCCUAACAACAUUUUCCAAACGGCUGUGGCCAUAUUCCAUACUAGCGACCUCUUCUCCACCCACUCAACGUACACACACAUAUAUACAUAUAUGUAUGUAUAUUGCUGACUAUUUUUUUUUGUUACGUCUUACGAUUUUAAUUAAAUUAUUUUUUACUUCGCCUUAAUAAAUAUAAUUUUAGCUUGCUCGAAAUCGUUUAUUCGUAAAUGUUCUUUUUCUAUUGAAUUCAAACUUAAAUUAAAAAAAAACGGCUUUUAUUUAAAACAAUUUGACGUCAAAAAUAUUAAAAGAUAAAACAACUUCAGAUUGAAUGAAAUAUAAUUACAAUUUUUACUAUAUACAUAGUACAUAUUAAAUGUAUGUAAAACUACUGACAUACUUAUGUACAUGCAGUCUGUGGAUCCCUUAAAUCAAAAUCAAUUCCCGCCAACAUUAUUUAUUAAAUUAUUAACUUUUUGCCAAUAUUUUUAUUGCGGGUAUCCAACAUUACAUUACAGCAAUACAUACACAAACACAGAUACAUCCAAUGACCACCAACAAUAACAGCAAGGGCAGCAAGAAGAACUGGCACCGACAACGCCUACACCCACAUUUGCAUACAUGCAUACAUGCUUAUGUAAAUGCAUACACAAAUGUUUGUAUGCAUAAGCGUACGAGAAGGAAAAGUUAAUAAGAAGUAUAUAAAUAAAAAAUGAAAAAAAAAACAAAUCAAAGCAAAGCAAAGAUAAGAAUUAGGCAGUAAGCUACGUAAAAUCGUCAGAAUUUUCGGUAUAGAAUUUAAUUCACAUAAAAAGAUACCGAAACAAAUAGGUAUAUACAUACAUAUAUAUAUUUUUUUUUUAAUCUCGUACAGUGCAGAAAAUAAUAAGAAAUCAAAUUAAUUAAUAUGAAAGCAUAAGAAGAUUAAUAUUAAUAUUAGUGGAGCAAGCGUAUAUUUAAAAAAUAUAACACCUGCAUUCGACAAUUACGAAAUAAAGUAAUUAUUUAAAUUAAAUUUUAUUAAAAAGAAAACAGAAAGUGAAGUAUAAUUAUAACAAAAUGCAUUUUCUUUUCAAUUUUACUGUUUUAUAUGUACAUAUGUUUACGUGUGUGGCUGUGGGUGGAUUGAGUGUGAAGAAGUAUAGUUUGAGUUUUUGCUGUUUAUUAAACGAUUGUUAUCCAGCAACUAUUUUCAUAUUUGUAGGGGAUCUUAAGAAUUAAAAUUUUCAGAAGGGUUUUCGUCAAAUAUUUGUAUCGAAUAAGUUUUUAAUAUCAGUCACGGUCAAUUUCUAGAAUGAUUUACCUGUCAGCCGGUUCUUGAAUUGUUUCAGAAUAUCCCGUCGUUUUGAAUGGACACAUCUGUGUUGAGAGCUAAUUUGGACGUCAUAUUGGAGAAACGACUUGUCUGGCUUCGAUAGUUUUUGAUAGUAGAAGUAAGCGUUAAAAUCAAUCCAAUUCAGUCUGCUACGUAUUCUCAUUUCAUGUCAUUGUAUAAAACUUGUAGAGUCCGAAGAUUUUCCAAAAUGAUAUUUGGGGAAAGGUGCCGAGUUGACUGGAUAAAGAUUUAGAUGUCUUUAUAGCUCAGGCAACAACAAUAUUAUUAUUAUACCAUCGAAUUUAAACUAAAAUAUCCUCUUGCUUCCGCGUUUUCUUGAAUAUAAUACGGUUUGGCUCCUUCCGUUAACCCACAUUUUUAAAUAUACUGUAGUUUCUUGCAAAAAGUAAGUUAAAUCUCUCAUAAACACCUCUCUCUGGUUUUAUACCGUACAUAUCCGUUAGAGGUAGAUAUUUCAAAAGAAUAAAAAGAGAAUAUUUUGCUUAGUAUAAUGUAGUUUUGUAACAAAAUUGAGUGGUAUCAGUCUAUACUUUCUAUGUACAUAUGUACAUAUAUACCACUAUGUAAUAAUUAAGAUGACUUAGAAGAAUAUAUUUCGCAUAAACAAAAUAUAAGAUUGAAGCUACCUGUACUCGUGAUCCAUAGUGAAAAUUAGUGCACCAGAAUGUCAACGAACAUUUUGAAGGCAUGCGAAAUAUUGUAUGCGUUUAGUUUCUAACCUUCUACUGUACUCGAUCUUAUGCUUACAUAAUUGUUUUAUAUAUAAUAAGUUUUUGCAGAUGUCUCGAUAUACAAGUAUUUGUACUCUUUCCGUAAGCGAAAGUAUUUACUAUUAAAUUCCACACGGGCCUAGUCUUCCUUAAGCUUACCAACGAAAUGAAAGAGAAACACAAUCAUAAAUAACAUUUUUUAUACUUUUAUAUCUAAAUGUGAUCUAGUGUUUAUUUUGACAAACACUGUACGUUCCAGAUCCUUCAACCUUUUUCAUAAGCAUGUGUUAAUGGUGUAACAGUUACCUGAAUAGAAGUAGCGUUUCAGCAGGUCAUAAAGGAUUUCGAAACCUUUCUUACCUGUGGGAAAAUCCACUUCAACUUCACUUCACUCAACAGUUCACUCGUUCGUAGUUUGAUGUGUGAAUAGUGCCGUUUUUCGAAACAUCAACUUUAAUUUGUUUACAAUAACCUCUUUAAUUACACCGCACUUCCUAGAAAUUCCAUAAAUUUCAAUAACUUCGUUAAAUAGUUCCAGACUGUACAAACUGACUGAAGGAGAUAGCGAAUAAAGGGGAAACUACGAUCCAGAACAUUAUCAACUCUUGAAAUGAAACUUGUAAUAUCAUAAAAUUAAUUUCAAAUGGUUUUCGUUUAAACCAGCGAGAACAGAGGACAAGAAAUUUAAAAAAAUGCAUUCGCUUGCCACUCGCUUACAAAAAGGAUAAGUCUUUUAAUAUAGUUUUUACUGCAAAUUUGAUCAUUUAUAAGCUUGAAGUUUCAAUUUUAUUGCGUUUUUUAACGCAAACUAAGUUUUUCAAAUGCUUCAACGUCCGCUGGAUGAUUUCACUUCAUUUAUUUUACAAAAAAUGCUGCGUUAGCUCCUCUCUUCACUACUACUAACUUUUCGAAACGAUUUUUUGAAAGUGUAGAUUCCAGUGGACUGGAAGAAACUUCCAUUUCCAAAUGACGACCAUUUGAAAACUUAUAUUUGUGUAUCCACUUUUUAAAAUAAAACUCACAUGUCUUACAUACUUUUAGGCGCACGAAGUUUAUACUGAAACACUGCACACUCAUUCGAUUCGAUUCAUUUCCGAUUUCCAAAGCUUUCAAUCACAUUUAAUUUCAAAUAUUUCGAAAAAUUCAAUUAUGUAAGCAAUUUUCGCCAGCCAAAAUCAAACAAAACAAUUGUUAAUAAAAUUAAAUAUAAAAAAAUAAAAAUUGCAUUGACCAUCAAACGUUUCGACUAUGAGCGGAAAAGUAGGACCACUCUCGCGUAUCUACAAUGGUAUGAUAGGCACCGCAGAUAAAUUUGUACCGACGUCUAUGCGUCCGCUGUGGGAACAUCCAGCAGGUCCGAAAACAGUAUUCUUCUGGGCACCGAUAUGCAAAUGGGCACUCGUCAUUGCUGGCAUUGGAGAUAUGAAUCGUCCCGCACAUUCUUUAUCAUUGAAUCAAUGUGCAGUUAUAGCCACAACUGGUAUAAUUUGGUCUCGGUACUCGUUGGUCAUAAUCCCUAAGAACUAUUCCUUAUUCAUGGUAAAUAUGUUUGUCGCAACUACACAGCUAUAUCAAGUGGCACGCGCCUUAAAUUAUCAGUAUGGCUUGAAAGAUAAACCGGAGUGAAGAGUAUUUUAUAAAAAAUUAAUAUUUGUUGUUCAAGUCUAGUGGGAAUGAAAAUGAGCAGUUUGGUAUCACCAAAUUUUUGGUCGUCAAAUAGAAGCCAAGUUCAAAACAAGAUGAACAAAAAACAUCGCAUUAUAUAAAUCUUGUUUUACGUACUUGGAUUAGGUAAUUUUAGUAAGUUGUGCUGUCCUCAAUGUUUUAUACUUAAUCGGCUUCGAGAAAACUUAAACUUAGAAUGUACUUUUCAGUAAUA